AUGCGCAACAUGCAAGAUGUUCCACGCAGAAGCAGCAAGUCUGCCGACACCCCCUUACCAGCAUUUCGAAUCGAAGAGACCCCACCAGUCCAUCACUUCGGGUGCGAUUUCACGGGACCAGUUAGAUACAAGAAGAAUUCUGGCGAAAUAGGAAAAGGAUACAUUCUCCUUUUCACCUGCGCAGUCACCAGAGCAGUCCACCAAGAAUUAACGACAGACCUAUCGACAGUCGAAGUUUUAGAAGCCUUAAAAAAAUUCCUCAACCGGCUCCGCUCUGUGAGAACGAUAACCUCGGACAACGGUCUAUCCUUCCAGAGAGCCUCCGAGGAACUAAAGCUCAUUCACGAGAACGUCAAGAACGGCGAAAUUAGAAGACGAAUCUCCGACCUCAUGAUCGACUGGAAAUUCAUCGUACCGAUGGCACGGAAUUUCGGGGCCUUCUACGAAAGACAAAUCCAAACGAUUAAGAGGCCAUUCCGAAAGAUCCUAGCAUCCGCAGUCCCUCAUUUCAGAGAUUUAGAAAUAAUCCUCAGCGGAAUCGAAGCAAUGGUAAGCAGCCGACCGAUGACCACGAUAGCUUCAGGAGCGGAUGAAAUCGAAGCACUCUCGCCAGCCGACCACCUUUCCGGAUACCGAGGAAGAACAAUCAUCCCAGAACAUAUAUCGGAACCAAGCAAAGCGUCAGAUGCGGAUAAAAUCGUAUUCUCCAGGCGAUGGAAAUACCAGCAACGAAUCCUCAGUUCUUAUUGGAAGCGAUAUCACGACGAAUAUCUACAGUAUCUGAAAACGGCCCACAAACAGACGCCUGUCGCGGCAAGACCCCUUAAAAUCGACGAGGUGUGCUUACUCAAAGGAGAAUCAUACAAGCGGGCCUUCUGGCCGCUAUGCAAAGUUAUCGCGCUUCCCGAUAAUACCUCCCCCGAAAACGCUCGCUCCUGUACAAUCAGAACAGCCAAGGGCCAAGUUUUUCAUCGCCCCAUCCACAAAUUAUAUCCCUUAGAAGCACAAGACUAA